CAUCACCCCUCUAAACUGAAGGCAACAAAACUCAGUUUUCUGAAGCACAACCAGAAAGAUGAAGCUACUUGGUUGGAUGCACCGCAAAUUUCGGCAGAACAGUGGUGAACCGCUCAAAGAUUUUACCAUCGGCCAACAAUCGCUUGAUGAUCAGCAAUACAUCUCGAAGUCAAGCAUUAAACCUUUCAAGCAAGCCCCACGAGAGCAGCAUCUUCGAAAAUCUUUUGCUGGUCUAGAAUCAGAAAUAGGAGAUGAAGACUAUGAAGAUGAAUCAUCACAUCCAAUGUCUGAGAUCUUCCAUGGAUUUCUGGCAAUUGGAACUCUGGGAUCUGAUCAGGUCAUCAGUGACCCAAUGACACCAAAGUUUUCAAUUUCUGUUGAGAAUAUAACUGAAAACGAAACUGAAGUAACUGAAAAUGAACUAAAGUUCAUUAAUGAUGAGUUGGAAAAGGUUCUAGGAGCUGAAACUAAGGAUGACGGGUACAAUGAUUCUUCUGGAAGAAACAGUCACGUCAGCAUGGGAAGGAGCAGCCAUGGUAGCACAAUUACCCUCAGUGGCAAGCCAAUGGAUGGCCUAGAAAGCAAUAUAAGUGGGAGCAUAAUCUGCCCACUUCAGGGAUAUCUUUUUGGGUCAGCAAUUGAAUUAUCAGAGACUACGGCAGUGGCUAAAAAGGAAAACAGGACCUCCCUAGGCGAACUGUUUCAGAGAAGCAAAAUAGCUGAGGAGAAUGUAGGUGCAAAAUCUGACAAGGAAGACAAGCGAGCUGAAGAGGAUAUCGAUAAAUCUUCCAUGCACCUGAUGAAAAAGAAACUGAAGAAAAGAAUGUUGUCUGCUUCUUCCCGGAGCUCUGCAGCAGCUGUUGAAGGGCUCAAUGAUUCAGCUUCAGCAGAAACGAAACUGCAUAAGAUCUUUCACAUGUUCCACAGAAAAGUUCACCCUGAAAGCUCAACAAUCAUACAAAAGACCGAUAAGCACCAAAAGUUUCAAAGAAAGAAGAAACCAAACCAUAACCAUGAUGGUUGCUACAACAAUGGAGAGCAGACAUCUGAUGAGGAUAUCAUGAUAUAUCCUCAGAGAACACUGUCGAAACCAAGCUUUCGACGUAUCAAGAAUCAAUUUCCACCACAUGAACUACACAGUUCUGAUCCAAAUGACAACAAGGAACGCUGGAUUAAUUCAGAUGAAGACUGUAAGUUACUAAACUCAAUAUUUCCUAGCUUCCAACAUUCACCUAGAUAUCCUAUUAGUUUCCAUAAACACUAAUAUCGACACCCACAACCUACAAGUUAAUACUCUUAAAUUAUAAAACGAAAACCAACUCACUGUAGUCUUGGUUUGGUAUUUAUGCUCACCUUCCACAAAACACAGGAUGAAUGGUAGCUAAUCCUUUUCUGUAUAUCUGCUAUACCAUCGACUGCUCGCUACAUUAUUUAACCAAUUACAUGAGAGACAAGUGUGACAACACUGACUCUUGAAGCAACUCUAAUUCACUUUUAUUGUGUUCAUCGUAGAUCUUGUGCUGGAGCUUUGAGAGGUAGAAGAAGUAUAUUCCUUGUUCAUCAGUAUCCAAGUGCGUUGGUACUGUCUACCCAUUAUUGGUAAUUAUUGCUGAUAGAGUGCAAGUUACUACUAUCUGAACAGUGUUUGGGUGUGAAAAUAAGCAGAGGAUCCCCCUCUUCAAAUGCUCACUUUGUAUGUUGUGUGUGAAAUGUAUUGUUAUCCCUAGAACACUUUAUGAUUAUAUUGUCUUGCAUAUUCCACGAAAAAGCACGUUCUACUCGCAGUUGAUUA